AUGAGAUCUAACCGUGAAUACAGAAAAGUACCCCUGACGUUGUAUGCUAAGCAAUUUAGGUGGGCGGACGAAACUCUGCCGUCCUUCACCCAACUCACUAAUGAGACUAAGAAUCGGAGGGAAAGGGAGCGUUAUGCACAUAAUAGAGAGGAAAUAUUAAAGAGACAACCCCAAACCCCUACUGGACAAGAGGCGGUGACCCAGCUGCAGAACAUCACAGGCCCAGAUGGUGCAUUACCAACUUUAGGACCAUACAAUGGAUUCAUACAAACUGACAAGGAGAAUAUUUCUGACAAUGAUGAAUCCGAUUGGCUGCACAGAAAUGAUGCGUACCAGAUGCAACGAAGUUCAAGAAGAAUGACACUCACACAACUGGCAGGGGUUGACAACCCCCAAGUCAAUAUAGUCAUCAAUCGACGUACCCCAGGGGUAACUUUUCAUGAUCAGGACUGCUUGGGAGACCGGAACCUUGGAGAAACUGGUGAUGUUGACCCUGAUGAAGAAGCUAGGAUGUUUGCUAGACCAGAUGUUGAUUUUGAAUCCUACCGAGUGGCACGGCAUCAUGGUGAUGGAACUAUCACUAAUGAGCAUCAUGACAGAACUAUGGAGAUUUGCGGUUCCAAUACGAGGGCCCUGCAUUUUGUUGCAGGAAGGGAAAAGUUGGUGUAUUUACUCCAGAGGUUGAUGAAGAGUUGA